GUCCACUCAGGAAGUGCGCUGUUUUUGAAAAUAUUGGCGCUUGUUGUGUCAGUGAAGCUCGUCGAUGCUUGGUAUUUUAUUGUAAAUUAAAUUAAAAGUAACGCCGAAAUGAUAUUUCGCUGGAUUUAAAUCAAACCAAACGUUCUUUAGUACGAGGUUUCUAUCCAACCAGUCACAAUGGCCGGUGAUGUUUGCAGCCAUGUGAAGGUGGUUGUGCGUGUGAGGCCAGAAAAUGAGAACGAGAAGCGGGAAAACUUUCGCAACGUUGUCCAAGUUGUGGAUAAUCACAUGCUCAUAUUCGAUCCCAAGCAACCAGAUGUAUCUUGUUUUGGGUCUCAAAGAGUGCGGAACAGAGAUGUUAACAAGAGGCCCAACAAAGAUCUCAAGUUUGUUUUUGACCAUGUCUUUGGGGAAAACUCUACUCAAGUGGACAUUUUUGAGAACACAACAAAAGCAAUUAUAGAUGGAGUAAUGAAUGGAUUUAACUGCACAGUGUUUGCCUAUGGGGCCACUGGAGCUGGGAAGACGCAUACAAUGUUAGGAUCACAGAAUAACCCUGGGGUUAUGUAUCGCACAAUGAAAGAGUUGUUCAAACGGAUGGACGAGGCCAAGGAAGAGAAAGAGUUUGCUGUUGCGUUCUCAUAUCUUGAGGUUUAUAAUGAGCAGAUCAGAGACUUGCUGUCGAACGCUGGACCUCUUGCAGUGCGAGAAGAUGGACAGAAAGGAGUCGUAGUACAAAACCUCACUUUGCAUCAGCCUAAAUCUGCAGAGCACAUUCUUGAGGCGCUGGAUUCUGGCAACCGAAACAGGACACAGCACCCAACAGACAUGAAUGCCACCUCCUCCCGCUCCCACGCUGUGUUUCAGAUAUAUUUGAGACAACAGGACAAAACUGCCAGUCUCAAUCCUAACGCUUGCAUCGCCAAAAUGAGCCUAAUUGACUUGGCCGGUUCAGAGAGAGCCAGCCACACCAAUGCCAAAGGGGCACGUUUACGGGAAGGCGCAAACAUAAAUCGCUCACUUCUCGCUCUUGGAAAUGUUAUCAAUGCACUCGCUGACCCCAAGAGCAAGAAAGCUCACAUCCCAUAUCGAGACAGUAAGCUCACGAGGAUCCUCAAAGACUCUUUGGGCGGUAACUGUCGGACUGUUAUGAUCGCUAAUAUCAGCCCUUCCUCCAAGUCCUAUGACGACACCCACAAUACACUCAAGUACGCCAACAGAGCCAAGGAGAUCAAGUCUACGCUCAAGAGUAAUGUUGUAAGUCUGGACAGUCACAUCGGCCAAUAUGCAGUGAUCUGCGAGAAACAACGGCUAGAGAUUCAGCAAUUGAAGCUUAAACUGAAAGAGUACGAGGAAAGAAAUGUGUCUUCUGGAGUAGUUGGGUUGAACACCUUACCGAAGCAAGCAGAGUUUAAAAGGGUGUCUGAGGCUCUGCAGAGGAUCUUCUCGAGUCGGGCUCAGAUCAGGCAGGAGCAGCUGGAGCUGGAGAGGCAACUGAAGGAGAACGAGCUCCGGCAGCGCUACUGUGAAGAGGACCAACUGCAGGUCCAGUACUUCUGUGCCAAAGAGAAGACAGAGAAGGCCACUUGUAAGUUUGAGCGCAAGAUUGCCAGCUUACGCACCCAGCAGCAGCACAUUUGCAAGCGCUUGAAAGAGGCAAAAACUCGUUUCUUGGACAAUGACGGUUGCCUGCACCGCGUCGAAAAUGAAAUGAAGUUGUUAAAGACGAAUAAUCAGAUCUCUGAGGUGCUGGAGAAGGAGCUGCACUGCCAUAGGCUGGAGUUGCAGGUGAACGAUCUGAAACAACACAUCAAGCAGAUGGUGGAGCUCACAGCACUGCAGGACCAGGAGAACAAGAGGAUGCAGAAAAUGGUGAACAUUCUCCUGCCCGCCUAUAGCCGCCACCACUCGUCCUUAUGUGAGGCUGGGUUAAGCACAAACACAGACCAAGAGGAGACGGCUGAGUUGGAGCACCUGGUUCUCCGAGAGAGGGGUGUGGUUUGGGCGGACCUGGAGGGGGCGGAGCGAACGCUGAAGCUUGAAGGGAAUGGGACCACAUCAAAAGAGACGAAUGAAGCUGUGGGUCUCUGCAGUGAACUGGCCCCUUUUCUGUCUUUCUCACACCUGCACUACCACCAGAGCAGUCCCUGCAGUUCGGGUCCCCGUUCAAAGCGAUCCUCACUGUCUCAUGGCGCUUCUUCACCAAAAGGACAUGCACAUCAGACAGACAUCAAGCAGGACGCCCCUCCCAAAGCGCCCACCAGGAGAAACCUGUCUGCGUCUAUGGCCCCACAGAGUCCCGGGACCUCCGCCCUGCUCCCUGCGAGUGAGGAUGGGGUCAUUCCCCUGCAGUGCACUCCAGAACACAUGCAAAAAGCCAUCCAGGCCUCCAGCUUAGACCCCAACGCCACUUUUGAGGUCGUCGAACAAGAAGAUCGAGUCAAUGCGACCAUCAUCCUGGGUCGUAGCAGUAGUCCUACUCUGGAGUUCAAAUCUGCCUCACUCUUUGGUCAAACCCAACCUCUGCAACCGCCCAAGGCCAACCUAAACAAAAGACCGCCAGCCCUGUCAUUACAAGAAAUCAGACGGACCAGACCGAAGUACAUGGAGAUGACGUCCUCUGCGCAAGGAAAACGCAAAUUUAACCAGGUGAUCAAAGAAGACACACAGGGGAUUUCUGCAGCAAAACGUAUCAAGAAAGAACCUGUGACACGCAAACCACACAGGGUGUAUCGGACAGGCGGUUCAGAGGAGAACAAGCCCCAGAGAGUCGUCAGGAGCAUCUCGGAAGGCAACCUCAACCUCCUGGAGCCUCACAAACCCAGAUCUAUUUUCUAUAAAACCACACAAAAGUUCAAGCAAGUGGCCAAGCGGAUGUGAGCGGACAGUUCAAACAUCACACUUCGCACCCGUCACAUCUCCGUCCUUUUGAAACAUACAACGCAGACAAUAGUGAAGCUCUUAACACGGCAACAGCGACUACGACGAACUAACACGAAGAAGCCGACAAACCACUCCCUUUUACCUUUUAAAUAAAGAUUUUAUAGUUGUAAUUAGAUUAUUCUGACUUUGUUUAGGAACGUCUUUUAAAACCACAAACUCUCUACGACUUUCAGGGGAUGAGUUUGCAACCUGCUUGUUUCCAUGGAGAUGUCAUUGCUUUACCUGGAAUAUUCCACAGUUUGGCGUUUAACGUAUCUACCUCUUGGGAGAAAAGCAGGUCCACAUCCACGCAAAGUUACAGGUCAGAUCUGUGGAGAAGUGACCCCGCUCACAGUAACAAUGCAUCUUUUUCCAGAGUAUUUUAUGACUAAUACAUUCAAGAUAAGUUUAAUACCAAAAUGAAGAAAGUUCCAGGCAGAGGAAUAACAUUUGAAGCAGGUGGGGGACACUCCACCUGAAAAGUUACAUACUGCACCUUUAAUUUAGGUUAACUUGAUUUUAAAUGUAGACUUUUCCUGUACAAAGAGGUCCUGUGGAGGCUGUCGCGCAGGUGCAGGUCUGGGGCUGAUUCUCUGGGCAGCUAAUGACAUUGAUGGACUCAAUAAAAUAUUACAAUGUCAAGAAAAAAACGCUCUGUUUUGAGCUGAUCGUAUUCAUAGUUAUUUUGUUUAUGUGGAGUUUAACACAGGACUACAAUAAAACUGCUUAUAUGAUCCUGAA